CCGGAAGUUUGGCUUGCGUGACUGCUGUUGUUGACAAGGCACAACCAUCACAUAGCACAAAUUAGCAGGCAGAUAUUAGAGUUUAAUAACCGAGUAGGAAAGCCGGUGCUCAGUCGCUGUUCACAUUGUGGUGUUAACUAGCUCUUAAUUAAAUAUUUUGCGGGCUAGUGGCUCAUUUCAACACCGCUGACGUUAGUAAGUUAGCGAGCUAGCUGGCUAACGCAGAUAACCUGGGACGGUAAUGGAGUGAGUUAAGUGGCCAUGGGGAUUAGCCACCUCGGCUAACUUGGUAGAAGUUAACGACUUAGCACGUAAUCUUGUCAUAUAUCGUGCUGCUCAAAGCUACUUGGAAGGCUACAAGAUGUCAGUAGAGCUUGAUGUGUUUGUGGGUAACACCACCAUCAUGGAUGAGGAGGUGUAUCAGCUCUGGUUGGAUGGCCACACAGUGAACGACGCAGUGAAGGUGCGAAUGGAAGGAGGCGUGCUGGAUGAGUGCGAGGCGAGUGCAGAUGUCCUACUGAGCGACACCAUGGACCAGUACAGAACUUUCCAGAUGUGUGAGCGUCUCCUGUACAGCCCUGCCAAACUGGCCAACCAGCUCCUGUUCCAGAUUCCACCUCAUCGCCAAGCCAUGCUCAUCGAGAGAUACUAUGCGUUUGAUGAUGUGUUUGUCCGAGAAGUUCUGGGGAAGAAACUCUCAAAAGGAACCAAGAAGGACUUGGAUGACGUCAGUGCAAAGACAGGUGUAACGCUGAAAAGCUGCAGACGGCAGUUUGACAACUUCAAGCGUGUUUUCAAAGUUGUGGAGGAGCUGAAGGGACCCCUGGUGGAGAACAUUCGUCAACAUUUUCUUCUCUCUGACAAACUGGCAAGGGAUUAUGCCGCCAUAGUUUUCUUUGCCAACAAUCGCUUUGAGACGGGGAAAAGAAAGCUGCAGUAUCUCACAUUCCAGGACUUUGCCUUCUGUGCCGGACAACUCAUCAACAACUGGACGGUUGGGGCCGUCGAUAACAUGGUGGAAGACAUGGACGUAGAUCUUGAUAAAGAAUUUUUGCAAGAGCUGAAAGAACUGAAGAUUUUAAUCACUGACAAAGAUCUACUGGAUCAACAUAAAAGUCUGGUUUGCACGGCUCUCAGGGGAAAGACGAAAGCAUUUAAUGAGAUGGAGGCGAACUUCAAGAAUCUUUCCAGAGGCCUUGUCAACAUUGCCGCAAAGUUAACCAACACAAAAGAUGUCCGAGAUUUCUUCAUUGAUCUUGUGGAGAAGUUUAUUGAGCCGUGCCGCUCAGACCGAUGGACAGCUGCGGACAUGAGAAUCUACCUCACUCACUACCACAACUCCGCACACAUACUUGACACAUUCAAACAUCAGGUUGUGUGGGACAGAUACAUGGGCGUCGUCAAAAGCUGUAUCUUCAAAAUGUACCACGACUGAAACAUUACACGUCUGCUCGGCCCGUUUUUUCUCCUCGCCUCUCCAUCUGUUUGUUUCCUAUCUAUUCCCCCCGCUGAAGCCGUUAUCUUAGUCCCCAGUUUGUGCUUUCUGAGCCCUGCUGUUUGUCACUGGUGAGAUGUAUUCUGCCUCUCGAGCCCCGUUCUCACAUCACCCCCUCCCACACACACACCCACAUUUGCACUACUUUCCUUGCAGUGUACAUUAAUUUGUAAAUAAAAUGAACAUAUUUACAUCAGAA